GUGCUGCAUCUUUCAGGAAAGUUGCCUCUUCAACCUACUACAGGGCUUAACAGAGGACAAAAUGUAUUCGUUUGCAUGGAUGAAUGGACAGCACCAACAAGCUGGACCAACCUCACAGUCUUCACAAGCUGCUACUCUGCUUACCCGUGACACAAUGAGGAAUCAGCAAAAUGGGACAGCAAAUAACUCCUGUCUGUACAGGACAGUGACAGUGGGAGUCCAACCACCACAAACUGCUCAUUUCACCUUUCCAGAUGGAGCUUACUCUAAGACACAGAGGUCAAAUUGGCGAACCUCAGCAGUUCCUCAUCAGGCAGUUUCUUCCCAGCAGCCAGCUGGAGGGAAGAAUAAGGAUUACUAUCCGAAUGUUUUAUAUAGCAAUAGCCUCAACUCAACUAAUAUGCAAAGUGGAUACCCUUGUUUGCCGGUCACUAAUGGAUUUCAGGAUGCGACUAAGUAUGAUUUUAAUCAGAACUCUGCUCAGAAUUCAAAAACCCAGAUUCCACCCAAAAUGAUGAAUACAUACAUUCGGCAAGACAUGUCAGCACAUCAUGGGAAACAAUCAAUAAGGACGUGGGAUGGUAACGUUGUGUCUGAUCUCCAACAUUCUAGGGUCCAGAAAAGCUUGCAUCAAAAUGGGAAUGGAAAGCUGAAUAAACCCUACCUUGCAUACAUUACAACAGCUACCUCACUUCCACGUCAAAAGGCAGUUUGCACCAGGACAUUAAUGUCUUCCCCUGCACACAACAGACAGGCUGCUCAUACCCAAACUCACAUACAAAAUUUCACACAGCAUGGAUUCUCUCCUUCCAAUCCUUCAACAAGACAUAGUACAGCUGUCUCUCAGUCUUUCGGAAACAACAGCCUUACAACAAACUCAUCAUUAAUUAGACAGAUUAGGCACGAUCCCUGCAUGAAGCAGAAAACUCAACAACACUCAGGUCAACUCAACUCAGAACAUAACAAUGGGGGAGAGGCAACCUCCUCUCUUAACUCAAACUCAAAUAGCUGCAAGUAUGAAACUAGCUGUUUCUUGCAAAAAACAAAUGAGCUUCCCUUAAAUUUUGCUACUGAUGCACGACAGCAAAUGCUCAGCAGCUCAGCUGCUCAAGUGAUUGCAAGAAAUGCGGACAGUCUACAUAAGUCAUACCCUGCUGGCUCAGAUGAUCAACAUCCAGUGCAUACUAGUUCACCAUACAUAGGGAAGCAGUUUGUCAGUGAGGUCAGAAUGACAGAGUGCAGUCAAACUAUGAAACCUGUGACAUCAACUGUUACUGAGAGUUAUAACUCAAAUAACACCCAGCUCUUACCGCUCCCUUCUGGGCAAUCUUUGCCUAACACAACCCAGGGUGUAAUGUCAAGAACACAGCACAUUGUAAAUGCACUACCUCCGCAAACCUCUGCACCAGUUGUCUUCUAUGUCACAACAGCAGAUGGAAAUGGAAAAGGAAGUAAGACAGGCAAUGCAUUUUCUCCUGAAAAUAACAGCAUCUCAAAAAAAAAUCUAGUUGGUUCUUCAAGAGGUGCAUCUCAGCUGAUGCAAAUGCCUGAGAACAAUUCACCACAGAGGACUGACACUCAAUCAUCGGUAGUAGACAAUCGUGAAAUGCUUGAGGUACUUGAAAUGCUCUCAUCGGUCAAACACAUUGACAGCUCCAAUCAUUCAUCUCCUGGUCGCACAGGCACGAGAGCUGUUGCUGUUGUGCAACCAUUGUCACAAGACCGCUACCAGGUUGCAAACAAGCAUACCUCUUCUAACACCAUCAAUCAAUUGAGUGAGUACACUGCAACAGAUAAAUCUUUGAGUAACCCUGAAAAAUUUAUUUCACCAGCUGUAGCGGAAAACAGAAAAGCUGCAAAUUUGAAAGAGGGAUUUCAGAUUUACCCAGAAAACCCAAAUCAAAUGAGGUCCAACAAAUCUAUAAUCAGGCAUUCAGCAGCAUCCAAUGAUGGCACUGUUGUUUCAUCUUCAGAUUCAGCUGGGUCUCAAUACUUUUCACAAAAACAGUUAUGUGCUGAUGACAAAGGAUCUGAACAGACUAUCAAAUUGCAAGUAGACCAGCAUGUUGCACCAGCUGCUCAACAAUCAAGAAACUCUGAGGUACCAUUAAGCCAAAAUGCCAAUAUGGACAAAAGUGAGAUGCCAGCAGUUCCGAAGGCCUGUUUUUUUGACCUGUCCUCAAUCCCAACAAGCCCAUGGAAAGCUGUCGCAUUAAUUAACUUGAUACAGGAUGCCGAAAAAGCCCAGAUGGAGUUACAAAAUUUCACAAAGUUUUCUUCUCAAAGCAAAUUAUUAAGCAUGUUUUGGGUUGGCAACAUCAAAAUGUUGGUAUGUAAGCUCAAGACAGGCUGGUACAAGGAUUUAAUCACUGAUGUUAAAAAUUUCCUUAGCAAACAUGUAACAUCAGACUCUGUCAUACUAUCACAAGUUAAAAAUAGCUCUUGGGAGCAACUGGAAAGCUACCAUGUCCUCAAAGAUAAUGAAGUUUAUUCAGAACUGCCGUACAGAUCAUCAUGGUUGAAUGUCAAUGAGCAGUUAGAUGACAUUGAUAAAGAGUUUGGCUUUCCAUGGUCUUUUAGGUAUUGUCUGCAAACGCUUGAGAGUGGCAGCCAGCCAGAUCCAGUUGGGACAGUUAGCAGCAUUCCUGCAGAAAUAGUAAGUGAGGUGCCAAAGAAAGUCUUGUCACAAACAGAGUGUGAAGACAAACAAGCGUCAACUAUUGAAAGUACUUCAUCUCAAACUUCCUCUCCUCUUCGUCGUCCAGAAAGUGCAGAUUGCAGUGAUCCAUAUUACUCAUUUGAAAUCCAAGUUUUGCCUCCAGAAGAGGCCAAAAUUAUCUUUGGGCAAGUACAAACACAAAGUAAGAUAAAACAGAGUAUGGACAUGGACAGUCCGCCAGAGAAAGUCAUGAAGAGUUCUGUGGAGGAUGAACUUCCUGACUUAAGACAUGUCACAUUGAGUGACUCAGAACUGGAGAACAAGGUAGUCUCUCCAAUUGAACAAGUUUGCUGCAUUGCAAGGUGGAUGGAAAAAAUUGUUGGGUCAGACACCCCUUCUCUGAGUAAAUGCCAGUGCAAGAAGGAGCAAAGUCAUAAAGACUGUACUGACAGGACACUUGAUAAGGAAGAGACGACAGUACAAAACAACGAUAAACUGUGUGCAAUCAGAUCUGAAAGUAAAUUCCACUCUGCCAUAAAAGGAGAGAAUCAAGUCAAGGCUGGGGAGAACACUGACAAUCAAAUUAUAACAUGUAGUUGGUCUGAUUUGUGGAAUGAUAUCAGUGUAACUAUUGAUUUAACUGAAGAUGACGAGAAACCUCACUCACAUUCUGACAAAGAAACAAAGAAUAUUUCCCACAUAAGCAUUAAUGAUAGCCAGUCAAGCAUUAUACUCAAAAGUGAAAGCGAAGAUGAAUAUCUCUCCAGCAGUGAAAGUGAAAUUCCCAACCAGAUCCCAGAAUUUGGCAUUCCGAUGUCAGACCCUGAAGAGGAGUAUGUACAAGAUCAGCUGAUAACAGCAGGAAGUAGUCAGUCAAGCAGUUCAGACAAUACUAAGAAAGAAAUCAAAAAGGUCUUCAACAGUGAAGUUGCAAGCCAUAUGCCAGACCCUGAAGAGCAUUGUGCACAAGGUCAGUUGACAUCUACAGAUGUGGAAGAGUCAUCAUUUGAAACAAACGAAGAAAAAACUCAAAUUAGUGCAUCAGCUGCCCUCCAGAAAACUUCCAGUCUAAGUGGUAAAAAUGAAACUUUUGAAAGAAAGAGGAAAACACCAAGCAGUCAUGAACACACUAAUCCAUUCCUGAAGAAAUUAAAGAAAUGCAAACCUUCUGUUAAUCUGGAUUCAGAGCCUAUCUUCAAGGGUGCAAAAUGUGAGACGGUUUUUGUCGAUGCUACUGAUAAUGAACCUUCAUCCUCAAACUAUAGAACUGUAGAAUUGGUGCUGUUUGGCUCAGCACGUCAACGGAAGUGUGUUUUAAAUAGCGACAGAAAGAUCCAUGUUUCAUCGCCAGCAUCUUCAUCUGAUGCAGUACAGAGGCCUCCAGAAGUUCUCUUUGUGAAUCUCAAUCCCUCGAGGAGAAAGUCCAGUAUUCCUACAAAUGAAUAUUCAUACAAACGAGUGAUUUAUGAAAAAUGGUGGAGAAGUUAUUUGCCAACUACAAUUAGGCGCAGAAGGAAACUGAAAACACCAGAGUCUACUUUUGCUUCUUUAUCCGGGGUGAGUCUCAAGAAAGCUGAAAUGGCUGGCUCAGCCAACACCAAGGAGCUGGCAGUUUCCUCUGAAAUGAAAGACUGGAAUGGAAAUACCAAGCGCUACCUGAGGAGGAGGAGGAGGAGGAGGGAAUCUCUCUCUAACAGACUAAGACUUGGAGAGGAGAAUACAAGGAAAGAUGCGGUUACACUCAAACGGCCUGAUCAAAAGAGAAGUAACACUGAAAACGGAAGCCAUGCUGUCACACCUCUCAAGGGGAACAAUGUCUUGAGGUUCAGUGUGUUACCCAACACGUUCAACUUUGUAGAUGGAUCCAAUGGGAGAAAGGAAACCACUGAUCCCAUGUCAGAUAACUCUGACCUUGUUGAAGUAAAGGACAAGAGCCCCAGUAAAUCUAUGACAAGGACAAGAGGUACAUGGUAUUCACGUCCUGAGAAGACGUAUUGUCUUCUACGCUCACCUCCUGUCCCCAAAACCUCCAGCCUCUUCAAAGAGUUUCAGAGGAAAUUCAUGGAGAAGACACAGCCAUCCACAGAUAAAUAACAUGACAAGCAGAUGAUUCGCUGGCAACAAAGAAAUUUGAGAAAUGUAUUUCCUUUCUUGUUUUUGUACUGUGCAUUCAAGGAGUAAAUUGAGGUUUCGCCAUUUUGUUUAUAUUGGAUUUUAACAUUCUGUCAAGCAAGCUAUUACUGUAUAAGAUCACGUGUUCUCAUCUCUUUACAUAAAAUUUGCAGUUUACAUUGUCUGUACAAACUUUAACAUCAUUCACUUUAUGUACAAUUCCUAAUGUCUCGCAAAAGUAUUUCAUGCAAAAAUGUAACUUGAAGACAGACUGUAAACUGUAUAUUUCAGCUACAUAUUUGUAUUUUUCUACAUUAAGAAAAUUUUGUUAAAUUUUGUAUAUUUUAUACAUACUUUUUUAAGGGAUAAUAAAUGUGCUCUAAUUUUUUUAUGUACUUUUCAAAGUGCAGUUUUAUUUUUGACAUUAAAUUUCUUAUUAAAAUCACACAAAGCAUCCUUAAAUUGUUGCACAGCUUAGUAGGUGAAUAUGAGCUGCCUGGUGGCUAGUUCAAAACUGACAUUUGUCAUUUGUAUGUGUUCGUUCGAACUCUGAAUGGGAGUAAGGAAUGUGGUGGGAAAUGUCUUGGCUCAUAUCUACACAAAUAAUGGCGCUAUUUGCAGCUGUUCUUAUUACUGAUGUGUAAAUAAAUUCAUCUGUCUACAAUUUU